CCGAGCACCCCCGGAGCGGCCCCCCCCCCCCCUUCCCCAGGUAGGUACGGCUGGAGAGCGGGGCUCGGCCGGGAGGGAGGGCACCUCUUUCCUCCCCCCCCCCCCCCCCAGCACCUAUUGUUGCUUUUUGGGGGGGGCUAAAUUUUCAUUUUUCCUUCACCCCCCCCCCCCCUCGGCGUCCCCCCCCCCCCCCCUCCCCAGCACCGCGACCCCCCCCCCUCCGGCCAGCCGGGCCCAGCUUGUCGGAGCCGGGAGAGGGGGGGGGGCCCUGAGCCAGUUCUCCUUUUCACGCCGACAUCCCCAGACGAUGGUGAAUGAUGAACGUGCCACAUCAUGAAGCUCUUGUGGCAGGUAACUGUGCACCACCACCGCCGCCGCCGCGCCUGGAGAGCUGCCCUGGUCUCCUACCUGACGGUACACGCGUGGAUCCUAUACGUUGCCGCCGCCUCCCCCGGACCCCAGAGCUGCCCCUCCGUUUGCUCCUGCAGUAACCAGUUCAGCAAGGUGGUCUGCACCCGUCGCGGCCUCGCCGAGGUCCCCCCCGGCAUCCCCUCCAACACGCGGUACCUCAACCUCAUGGAGAACAACAUCCAGAUGAUCCAGGCGGACACUUUCCGCCACUUGCAUCACCUGGAGGUCCUGCAGUUGGGCAGGAACGCCAUCCGGCAGAUCGAGGUGGGGGCUUUCAACGGGCUGGCCAGCCUCAACACCUUGGAGCUCUUUGACAACUGGUUGACCGUCAUCCCCAGCGGGGCCUUCGAGUACCUCUCCAAGCUGCGGGAGCUGUGGUUGAGGAACAACCCCAUCGAGAGCAUCCCCUCGUACGCCUUCAACCGGGUGCCCUCCCUCAUGCGCCUGGACCUGGGCGAGCUGAAGAAGCUGGAGUACAUCUCCGAGGGGGCUUUCGAGGGGUUGUACAACCUCAAGUACCUGAACCUGGGGAUGUGCAACAUUAAGGACAUGCCCAACCUGACGCCCUUGGUGGGGCUGGAGGAGCUGGAGAUGUCGGGCAACAACUUCCCCGAGAUCAAACCGGGCUCCUUCCACGGGCUCAAGUCCCUCAAAAAGCUCUGGAUUAUGAACUCGCAGAUCAACCUGAUCGAGCGGAACGCCUUCGACGACCUGACGGCGCUGGUGGAGCUCAACCUGGCCCACAACAACCUCUCCUCCCUGCCCCACGACCUCUUCGCCCCGCUGCGGUACCUGGUGGAGCUCCACCUGCACCACAACCCCUGGGACUGCGACUGCGACAUCCUCUGGCUGUCGUGGUGGUUGCGGGAGUACAUCCCCACCAACUCCACCUGCUGCGGGCGCUGCCAUGCCCCCCUGCACAUGCGGGGCAGGUUCCUGGUGGAGGUGGACCAGACCUCCUUCCAGUGCUCGGCGCCCUUCAUCAUGGACGCCCCCAUGGACCUCAACAUCUCCGAGGGGCGGGUGGCCGAGCUCAAGUGUCGAACUCCUUCCAUGUCCUCCGUUAGGUGGUUGCUGCCUAACGGGACGGUCCUGAGCCACGCGUCCAGCCACCCGCGCAUCUCCGUCCUCAACGACGGCACCUUGAACUUCUCCCACGUCCUGUUGACGGACACCGGGGUUUACACCUGCAUGGUGACCAACGUGGCGGGGAACUCCAACGCCUCGGCCUACCUCAACGUGAGCACGGCCGAGCUCAACACCUCCAACUACAGCUUCUUCACCACCGUCACGGUGGAGACCACCGAGAUCUCCCCGGAAGACAUCUCCCCCAAGUUCACCAAGCCCGUGCCCACCACGUCGACGGGCUACCAGCCGGCGUACACCACCACCACCACCGUCCUGGUCCAGACCACGCGGACGCCCAAGCAGGUGGCGGUACCCACCGCCGACUCCGGCGACAAGAUGCAGACCAGCCUGGACGAGGUGAUGAAGACCACCAAGAUCAUCAUCGGUUGCUUCGUGGCGGUGACGCUCCUGGCCGCGGCCAUGCUCAUCGUCUUCUACAAACUCCGGAAGCGGCACCAGCAACGCAGCACCGUGACGGCCGCCCGGACGGUCGAGAUCAUCCAGGUGGACGAGGACAUCCCGCCGGCGGCGACGGCGACCGCGGCGGCCACCGCCGGCGUAUCAGGUGAGGGGGCAGUCGUGCUGCCCGCCAUUCAUGACCACAUUAACUACAACACCUACAAACCGGCACACGGGGCCCACUGGACAGAGAACAGCUUGGGGAACUCUCUGCACCCCCCCGGGACCACCCUCUCUGAACCCUAUAUAAUUCAGACCCACACCAAGGAGAAAGUACAGGAAACCCAGAUAUGACUUUUUUUUGGGGCUUUUUUCUUUUUUUUUCUUCCCCCCACCCCCCCCCGACAUUACAAAUGCAAUAGAAUGCACAAAAACCGAACAAAAAAAAAACAACAAAAAAAAGGAAAAAAAAAAAAUAGACAGCAACUUUUGUACAGAGCGGGGGAGAGACUUUUUUUUCUUGUACAUGCUUAUAUAUUAAAUCUAUGGGCUGAUAAGAGAAGCAGAUUAUAUUAAAAUUUAAAGAAAAAAAAAAAAAAA